AAUAUAUGACCAUGUAAAAGCACCAUAAUCAGCAUAAUCCCCAGCAAGAACUCACCGGUUUACUGAUGCACUGGUACCGGAGGACUCUAGUGCUUGUGUGGAUAACGAUACAAGGACUCUCAAGUCGUGACGGUGUACAUGGCAUAGGGCAGGAGGCAGCCGCGGCCGAAUAUGCCUCUGUUGGUAGAAGAACUGCGGAUGAAAUGGUGAUAGGCCACCCGAGUGACCCAAACGGGAGCGGAGGAGGACAUACGAGAGUUCCAGGAGUUUACAGUGAGUGUAUAGAUACCGCAAGGUGUACGGUACUGGAGAUGAUGCAUGAGAUCUGAG